AAGAUCUCGAACUGAUGAGUUUCAGAAGUCCAGUCCUGCAGCAACAGAGGUAAAAUACCGCAGUGUUUCGACAUGCACGCAAACAGGGAGCGCUCUUCUGCUAGUAAUCGGACCUGAGACACGUGAAAGCAUCAGAAAAAGAAUCUGUAGUAUAGCUACUCACGCUACUAUGCUCCACCGCGGUGUACCUCAUAAACCCCGCAUUCCCCGCAGUGAUCUACAUUCUUUUGGUUAAGACGGUCGAGCUCUCCCAAAACCUCAUCUCUCGCACUUAUCUCAGUCUUACCAUGGCAACCGCUGCGCCAACUUUAUCUUCGCAGGAAGUGAACAAUGCACGAUUCAAUGCAGAGGCCGCCGAGUGGGACAACAACAAGAAGCAUGUCGAGAGCGUCCAAAAGUGCCUUGAGGCUCUGCUCCGCUACGUUCCUGAACUAGCCGACGAACGUGGAAAAAACUUCGAUGUGCUAGAAAUCGGUUGCGGGACCGGCCUCCUUUCGCUGCUCCUCGCCCCUCGCGUUCAUUCGCUCGUCGGCGUCGACACCGCGGAAGGCAUGAUUGAUGCAUUCAACAAGAAGGUAGCGGCUUUGCCCAGUCCUGACAAGGCCAAUCUCGCUGCUGUCAAUGUCCUAGUUCAAGACGCAGACGACAUACAUGUACAAGGUGCGGCAGCAGCCCUCGCGACGCGUCGAGGGGAGUCCGGCAAAGACCACCCCUACAGAUUCGACUUGAUAGUGUCGCACCUGACGCUACACCAUGUCCCCGAAAUGGCUCCCCUGAUUGUGACACUCUUCCAGUGCCUCAAGCCUGGUGGCCGGAUAGCACUGACAGACUACGAGGACUUCGGGCCGGAGGCGGUACCCUUCCAUCCCAAGAGCAAGAGGGAGGGCGUACAGCGCCAUGGUAUCAAGAAGGAGGAGGUAGAGACGAUCAUCCUUGGCGCUGGCUUCAACGAAGUGCGGGUCGAACGCGCAUUCGUCCUUCGCAAGGAGGUAGAGGCUGAAAACGGCAAGCCGGAACGCGAGAUGGAUUUCCCAUUUCUGAUAUGUCUUGGCCGGAGGAGUUGA